UGCUGACCGUGUAUUCGUGUGAAAGACAUCGUACAUUCGGACGUUUACCACUGCUUAAAUCGUGCAAUAUCGAGCUGUUUGCGUCGUUAAAAUGCCUUCAAAUCCAUCCGACCACUGGUUGAUGCAAGUGUCCAGCAAAAUACCCAAAUUUGUGGAUAUUUUUGACGAAACAACGUUUUAUUGUACGGCGUUUGUUUUCACCCUCCUUACCAUUCUGUGUGCGUAUUUAUUAUCUAGACGAAUUACCCUAAAAGAAAUGGACUAAUUUACUGACGUUAAAAAAUAUUUAUAAUUAUGGGGAAGAAACAUAGCAAACUUAGACCCGAAGUUUUAGAUGAACUGAAAAAGAAGACUUACUUUACAGAAAAAGAACUCACCCAGUGGCAUAAGGGUUUUUUAAAAGACUGUCCUAAUGGGUCACUUAGCCGAGAUGAGUUUGUCAAGAUAUACAAGCAAUUUUUUCCAUUUGGGGAUCCUACAAAAUUUGCUACAAUUGUCUUCAAUGUUUUCGACGAUAAUAAGGAUGGUUUAAUUGAGUUUGAUGAAUUUAUCUGUGCUUUAUCUGUUACUUCUCGGGGGAACAUGGAUGAAAAAUUAGACUGGGCAUUUAGGUUAUAUGAUUUAGACAACGAUGGUUUUAUUACGAAGCAAGAAAUGCUAGAUAUUGUUGAUGCAAUUUACAAAAUGGUUGGAAACACAGUCAAAUUACCAGAAGAUGAAAACACACCUCAAAAAAGAGUAAACAAAAUAUUUGCAAUGAUGGAUAAGAAUAAAGAUGACAGGCUCACGAAAGAAGAAUUUCAAGAAGGUUCUAAAUCUGAUCCCUCCAUAGUGCAGGCAUUGUCACUUUAUGAUGGUCUUGUGUAAUUUCCACAUUUCAGAGAAUUCUGGUCAAAACCAUUAAAUUAUUAUAAAUUAUACCCUUUUGGUCCAAAAUCCUUGUACAUUAUUAUGGAAAUAUCCAAAAUGCGCGGCCAUAUUUAUGUGGGAAAAGAGACACCUAAGUUUUCCCAAACCAACCUCAUUUGCCCGAUUGAUACCUUGUUACAUUUGUCUUGUAUACUGAAAACUGCUUAAUUUUUACUGCAAGGAAUAAUUUUGAUUUUAGGAUUUUUUUGCAUUCAUUAAGGCAAAAUUUCCUGAAAGUCUUUGACAUUUAAUGUUGUGUAGGACUCACAAAAUUAUAGUGGUUUACAGUAUUUAUGGCAUGUGUUUCUUGUUGAAGAAAGAUGCAUUUAUUUCAAGAUAACGAAACGGAUAUAACAGCAUUGUUAACAAAUAACAACACAAAGCAUUACAUACUGUGACUGAUUUAUUCAUGGACGUUUUAAUUGGUGAAAUAAGUAAACAAAAACUAGAAUAUAACGGUUGCGACAUUCAAAUAAUGUUGCAAAUGUUUUUUUCAAGCACAAAACGUCCAUGAAAUUCACUACAAAUCAUUGAAAACCCACAGUAUAGUAUUGGGAGUAGUGUUGGUGAAAUUGUUCUCGUCUGUGCAUGCGUUUGCAUUUAAUCUGUUUCAAGCUCUGAACAAUGGUCUGUGUUUAUGCAAGUUCUGUUUUUCAAGAACAUUUUGAAUUAUGGCAGACUUUAUUACAAGACUUUCCUUUAUAGUGCAACAAGAAAUUCCUGAACAAAGAUGGACAGAGGAGGGUGUUAAAUAAACAUGGAAUAUUUAAUUUUGUCUUUGCUACACCAUGAUGACAACCAUUUGUAUUUUAAUAAUUGUAUUGUCAAUUGACUAAUUUCAAGAAUUUCACCCAUAUAAGUGGCACUUUUAUUGCUGUGCGAAAUGAAGUAAUAGUGGUCAAUUACUGGAGAUUUUUUCCCAUGAAUUUUGAACGGUUCAGCCAGAAAAUUGAUUCUGCAUGACUAGUCACAAAAUUUCUUGUUUCCAGAUGAUUAAAAAUCAUUAUGUAAUAUAAUGAAUUCCUGAGAUUCCAUUGGAAACAUAAAAAGACAGCUCAGACAGACACAUCACCAUUUUUACUUCUGUAUACCUAGAGCCGUGGUUUAACGAUUCUUCUCCAGCAUUUGUAUAUUUUGUACCAAUACCCAUUUUGAAGUUUCUCUUAUUCUGCAUGUCAUAUUUUAUUUUUGCUGAUGUAUAUUCUUAUUGACAGUGCUGUCAUACUUUUAGGUGUGAAUAUUUGUUUUUAUAAUCUAUUUAUUGGUAUAUUGAUAUUUGUGUCAAGUAUUUUUUCAGUUGUAUUUUUUUUGCAUAGUUUGGUGAAAACCUGAAUGUGUAAUUAUUUAAAAGCAUUUUUUUUACUCAUUUAGGUUAGAAAGGUUAACAUUGCUAGUAUACUACUUGUUGUGUAUAAUCCUGAGUUAUUGGUUCCAUCAAACAGGAAAUAUUUAAAAUAAAAUGGCAUAUGUAUGACAAAUCAUCCACAAUAAGAAUGUACUUGCGUAUACAUGUACCCUUUGAUGUUGUAUUUAUUUGAAUUGCUGUACAGUAUUGUUAGAAUUUGAUAAUAUAGUGAUCGUACAAUAUGACUUUGCGAGACGCGUUUUUUUUCUUGUGCAAUUGGACCACCGCUUCCAGAUGGUGAAUAUAUUGCUUUUGUAUCAACCAUUUAUCACAUUUUGGUCAUGUAUAUAUUAGUUCAUGCCAGACUAUGUUUUAAGAUCCGUUUGCCCGAUGUCCAUUUCUGAAACAUGCUUGGACUGAAUUUGUGCGAAGUUGGUGCAAAGACAAUAAUGACAUACAUAUGUGCAUCGAUUUUUUUUUUCUUUUUCGUUGCUCAUCCUGGUGGGCAUGUGUAUCCAUCAAAUCAACAAUUGUACAUGUCACCAAGCAUUUCUUGGCCUGCUUUGACCAAUUUCAUUAAAUCUUGGCAUUUACAUCGCACUUAGGUGGCCUCUUAUGAAUACAAUUUUGGGGAUUUGAUACAAAAUGGCUCUUUUUAGCUUCACAGCUUUUUGAACAUAAUGAAAAACGCACAUGUGUAUAUUAGUUUAUUUGUAUACUUUUACAUUGGAUUUAUUGAUUGUGAAACCACCAAUAAACAUGACACUAAAACAAAUAGUCAAUGCUAUUAAAAAUCAAUGGUAUACUAAAACGUUGUGCUAUGGCGACUGAAAAUAAGUGUUGACUAUUGAUUUCUUGAAAUUUAAUUUAUUGAUUAUAAUCUAUUACAUGUUUUAUAUAUUCAUAUUUAAUGCAAAUAUUUCAAACUGAUUUGUUAGUUCUUGAUAAAUAAAAUCCAUGUUCCCACCUGGAGUGCCAAUCUUUGUCAAGAGGUGGUCUUUACAGUUUA